AUGCAACGCGACCAAUACUCGGAACACGAGAUCCACAUGGCUGUCUACGCGGACGAUGUGGCACUGUGGACGGUCUCAACACCGUACAAGAGAAAGAAGACCGUUGAGGAGCUCCAGCGAGUCCUCAACAACGUCGUCUAUCAUCUCAAACAACUGGGACAGGAAGUAUCCGCGGAAAAAACUAACUUCAUAAAGUACGCGGAAAAAACAAGACGUUUCCAGCCCAAAAUCUUCAUAAACAACAAGCAAGUAAACAGGAAGAACAUCAUGACUUACCUGGGGAUGCAGCUCGACUCGCGGUUAUCCUUUGGACCGGCGGCGACCCAGGCGGUGAGGGGAAUGCGGCAGCAUACUAAUAUCCUCCGGAGGCUCUGCGGCAACUCGUGGGGCACAUCACAAACCAUGAUGUUGCAGUUGUAUCACGGUCUGGUACUGUCACGCCCCCUCUACGCACUCCCCCUGGCCUCACUGAUGCCGAGACACCUGGAGAUGCUCGAAAGAGCCCAAAGGGUGGCACUGCGGAUCUGCCUCGGGAUCCCAAGGGGAGCACCAUCACAGCCGACACUCGUCGAGGCGAACGCGGCCACAGUCGAGCACCAGCUGGAGCAUCGCGCGUUGAGACACCUCAUCUGA